AUGUUCACAGACCAAACAGAGCUUCAGCACAGUGACUUGGAGGCUGAGGCUGAUGGUCCCAUGGACAAGCCCCCUGAUGCGUGUGCUGAAGUGUCUGAUGAAGAGGAGCUAGAGCCGACCUCCACAAAGGCCCAGAAAAACAAACGGACCAAGAGGAUAGAUGCGUGUGCUGAAGUGUCUGAUGAAGAGGAGCUAGAGCCGACCUCCACAAAGGCCCAGAAAAACAAACGGACCAAGAGGACAGAUGCGUGUGCUGAAGUGUCUGAUGAAGAGGAGCUAGAGCCGACCUCCACAAAGGCCCAGAAAAACAAACGGACCAAGAGGACAGAUGCGUGUGCUGAAGUGUCUGAUGAAGAGGAGCUAGAGCCGACCUCCACAAAGGCCCAGAAAAACAAACGGACCAAGAGGACAGAUGCGUGUGCUGAAGUGUCUGAUGAAGAGGAGCUAGAGCCGACCUCCACAAAGGCCCAGAAAAACAAACGGACCAAGAGGACAGAUGAAGCUUCUAGAAACCCAAAGAAACCCUGGAGUGAGGAGGAGAGCCGUGGAGAAGAGGAUGGAGAAAGAAAUAGUGGCAUCUCUGAGAAUCCCAGUGAUGUCUUUCGCUUCUUGGUGGAGGACCGCAUUCAGUGUUGCCAGACGCGGCGUGUGCGCUACACUCAGCGGGUCGACUAUUGCAUCCAGCUGCCUGCUCCGUUUGAAGCAGCCACAAACCGAGAGGAGCUACUUGCAUAUGAAGCCAAACGGAAAGAGGCCGAGGAAAACAUGCGUGCUCCUCCUGAACCAGUGAGAGCGCGGAUCCCCUUCACAGCGUGUCUGCAAGCCUUCACUGAACCAGAAAAUGUGCCAGACUUCUGGAGCUCAGCGUUACAGGCCAAGUCAGCUGGUGUCAAGACAUCUCGGUUUGCUUCGUUUCCUGAAUAUUUAGUUUUACAAAUUAAGAAAUUCACAUUUGGUGUUGACUGGGUACCAAAGAAACUAGAUUUGGCGAUAGAUGUUCCUGAUUUCCUUGAUUUGAGUCGGUUGCGAGCAACUGGGCUCCAGUCUGGAGAGGAGGAGCUUCCAGAUCUCAUGCCUCCCAUUGUUCUCCCUGAAGACACGAGAGAUAACUCUAUGAGCUCUAUUGACUCUCCUGAAAUAGAUGAGACUUCAGCGAUGCAGCUGGCAGAAAUGGGGUUUCCUCUGGAGGCCUGCAGAAAGGCCGUCUAUUACACCGGAAACAUGGGCCCAGAGAUGGCGUUCAACUGGAUCAUCGCACACAUGGAAGAGCCUGAUUUUGCGGAGCCGCUGACAUUACCGUCUGCAAUGGAACCUGGGCUUUCCACCAGUGACAGCUCAAUGGGUGCAACACCGCUGGACAACUCUCCUCCAGAAGAAAGCAUCUCCAUCCUCACAUCCAUGGGUUUUCCACGUGCACACAGCAUCCGGGCGCUCAAAAACACGAACAAUAACCUUGAGCGAGCUCUGGACUGGAUUUUCACACACCCCGAGGAGGAGGAGAGUGACGCCCUCUCAGACAUGGCCGACACGGAGCCCAAUGACAUCGGCUUCUCCAACACCAACUCCCACAGUGACGCCACACUGUCCCCUGAACGGGAGGCAGAGGGCCCCCGCGUCAAAGACGGACCAGGACGAUACGAGCUCUUCGCCUUCAUCAGCCACAUGGGAGCAUCAACAAUGUCAGGACAUUACAUUUGUCACAUUAAAAAAGAAGGACGGUGGGUUAUUUACAAUGACCACAAAGUGUGUUUGUCAGAAAGGCCUCCAAAAGACUUGGGUUACAUCUACUUUUACCGCCGUCUGUCAAGCAGCUAA